CUCCCUCCCGAGGGCCCCCAGCUUCUCAGGGGCCGCUCGGUCUCCCGCCUGCCGCCUCUGCCUGCCCAGCCCUGCCCGCCCCAGAGCCUCGGCGUGGAGGGCAGGUCCCCUGGGGCCCUGCCCCAGAGCGUCAUGAUGGGGAAACUGCCCCUCGGGGUUGUGUCUCCGUAUGUGAAAAUGAGUUCAGGGGGCUGUACGGACCCCCUGAAAUUCUAUGCCACCAGCUACUGCACGGCCUACGGCCGGGAGGACUUUCAGCCCCGCAUGGGCAGUCACAGGGGCACCGGCUACGAGCGCAAUCUGCGGCCCUUGGUCACCUCCCUGGACAGCCCCGCCAGCGGGGAGAAGCAGCGGGACGGUGGUUUCCAGACCCUGAGUAGCCAGCACUACCGGGCCCUGGAGGUGCCGGACGGCAAGGCCCCGCUGCCGCGGGCUCUGCACCAGACGCUGUCCGGCUUCUCACGGGAAGCCGUCCGCUCGGCCGCCCCGCUCAAGGAGGUCAGGAAGGUCCAUUUCGACACUCAGGACUACGGGGCACAGAGCAUCACGGGGCUGGAGCCCAAGGAGGUGCCCCUGCUCCACCAGCAGCAGGGCAAGGGCUCCCUGGAGUGGGAGAACAGCCGGCACGGCCCGCGUUCCAUGGUGACCGAGUAUAACUCCAAGUACAGGGAGCCUCUGAGCCAGCCAGAUCUGUUGCAGAAGAAAUGCAUCGGCCCCCGGGAGGAGAGCGGCUUCACCGAAGAGUCGACCAAGAACCCCAUUGCCUUUCUGCCGCCUUCCCAGGCCCUGCCCGGGGACCCGGUCCUUGUCCCCAACCGUAGUGUCACCAAGUCGGACUUUGUUCCUGUAAACUACCCUCGUGGGAACGAGUUCCUGCCCGUGCUGGCCAGAGGGACGGACCGUGAGUCGGGCUUCAGCCGGCCCAGCGAGCGGAACAUCAACCCCAGGGUGCCUGCCCCGCCGCCCGAGCCCUGCACCAUGAGCCUCCGACAGUUCCAGUCGCCCCAGCGGCUGCAGCAGACCAACCUGGGCCUGCUGGGCCGCCAGUCCACGGGCAACAAGGAACCCUCAGGGUACACCCUGAACAACCCCAGCUAUGUCCGGAGCACCCAGGACCCUGCCGUGGAUAAUCACUACCUGACCACCUACAACCAAGGGUACUUUGACAACACACCCAAGGGGCUAGACCGGGAAGGCUGGACCCGAGGGGGCGUCCAGCCCCAGAAGCCCGGGGGCUAUGCCCUCAACCAGCCGGUCACCCGUCUGGAGGGCGUCCCCAACCCGGAGGAAAACUUGAGGCGCCUGCACCCCCACGUGGGAAGAACCCUGAUCGCCACAGACCCCUUCUACCGAAACCCACCCCACAGCAACCACUUCACUGCCCCCAACUGAGCCUGCGACCUGGGUCCGCCGAGCCCAGGGGUCAGGAGCCGGCUAUGUUCCUACUGUCCCCGUCCCCACUGGCUCUCCCCCUCACGGAAUAAAGAGCAGUGGAACCCAGCUGGUGUCGUGUGCCCAUCGUGGGGAGCUGGGGUG